GUUUUCCAACAAAAAACUGUGCGGGCGGACGUGUUUUUUCUACAAAAAGAAGAGAAUUAUAAAAUAUAUAAAACUUGAUAAAAAAGUUUAUCUCCCAUAAAAAAAAAAAACAAUAAUCGUGUUUAAUUAAAUAUAAAAAAAAGAAAAAAAAAACUUUAAAACAAAAACUAACCAACAAAAAUACAAAUAAAAAAAAAUGGGAACAUUCUACAAAAUCGACAUUAAUCGCACAGAAUGGGAAAUCCCUGAAAGAUACCAACAACUUCAACCAGUCGGUUCUGGUGCCUAUGGACAAGUUUGCAAAGCAAUUGUUAAGGACAGUAAUAUGAAAGUUGCCAUUAAAAAAUUAGCCAGGCCAUUCCAGUCGGCAGUACAUGCCAAACGCACUUACCGCGAAUUGAGGCUUCUCAAACACAUGGAUCAUGAAAAUGUUAUCGGCUUGCUAGACGUUUUCCAUCCUGGUGACAAUUCUUUGGAUAGCUUUCAACAAGUCUACUUGGUGACACAUCUCAUGGAUGCAGAUCUUAACAACAUUAUUCGCACACAAAAACUAUCAGAUGAUCAUGUUAAAUUUUUGGUCUAUCAAAUUUUGCGUGGCCUCAAAUACAUUCACAGUGCUGGCAUUAUUCAUAGAGAUCUUAAGCCUUCUAAUCUUGGUGUUAAUGAAGAUUGUGAAUUAAGAAUUUUAGAUUUUGGUCUUGCAAGACCAACAGAAAAUGAAAUGACAGGAUAUGUAGCUACCAGAUGGUACCGAGCCCCAGAAAUUAUGCUCAAUUGGAUGCAUUACAAUCAAACUGUUGAUAUUUGGUCUGUUGGCUGUAUUAUGGCUGAAUUACUAACAGGGCGAACAUUAUUUCCCGGAACCGAUCAUCUUGAUCACUUAACAAGAAUUCUUAUCUUAUGUGGUACUCCUGAGCCAGAGCUAAUGAGUAAAAUAACAAGCGAAGAGGCACGCAACUACAUCAAAUCCUUGCCGCCAAUGCGAAGAAGGAGCUUCAAGGAUGUCUUCAGAGGAGCAAAUCCAUUAGCUAUUGAUUUAUUAGAAAAGAUGUUGGAGCUAGACUCAGAGAAGAGAAUUACAGCAGAGCAAGCUCUUGCUCAUGAAUAUAUGGAAAAAUACUCUGAUCCUUCAGAUGAACAGACAUCAGCUUUGUACGAUCAGAGCUUUGAAGUUAUGGAGCUUCCAGUUGAAAAAUGGAAGGAGCUAGUUUUUAAUGAAGUUGUCAACAGUAAACCACAUCAAAGUAUUUUCCAACCACCAGCUGCUGUCUAAAAGUGUUAUUAAAGCAAAAAUAAUCAUACAAAACUAUAAACAAUAAUACAAAAUAAACAAACGAAAUAUGGAAAAUAUAGAAUUAUUUAAAGGUAUCUGCUGUCCAUACCUUAAAAAUAAUUGAUAAUAAAUAUGCAAUAAGAUGAAUAAAAUUCCUUAAGUAAACUAUAAAUGAAGAUAAUUACAAAUAAGAUGAUAAAAAAUAAUAAUAUUCCUUAAGUCAACUCAAGACGAAGCUUUUUAUGUAACCAAGUUUAUGAUAAAAAUGCUGUUUUAAACAGCGAAAAGUUUAAAAAAAAUCUAAUCUAAGAAAAAAAAAUAUAUUUUGUUUAAGAGUGACAGUUUUGUGUAACGAUUGUGUCAUGUAGACUUCUAUGUAAACAUAAAAAUAUGUAUGUGCCUACACGUGUCUUAUUGAAAACAAGAUUUUUGUAAUGCAAUUUGGUACAUCUUUGUAUUUCCCUGCUGUAAAAUGUGUA